AUGAACGCACCAGAACGUUUCGAACUAUUUGUCAUUCCGGAAGGAAGAAGAAAAGUGGAGAUGGAGAUCGACACUAGAAUCCCCAAUGCAGCCACUUUCAAGAUUGAACGAGAGGACCAUACGCUAGGAAAUAUGUUACGAUCACAGCUCUUGAAAGAUCCCCGUGUGUUAUUUGCCGGCUACAAGGUGCCACAUCCACUCGAACACAACUUUCACGUCAAGGUGCAAACCGUACCAGGCACUGCUCCAGGCCAAGCAUUGAAAGACGCUACAUCAGAAUUGAUCUCGGAAAUCAACACAUUGAAAAACAAGUUCGAUAUGGAUGUUAUUCGACAACGAACAUUCGAGGACGCCAAAGCAUCACAACAACCAAUGUCUGUCUUUGAACAACAAGAUGCACAUGUAGUCAUGGAUACGGACAUGCCAACGGAUCAACCAAGUCGAACCGACGUCGAAUUCUAG